CAGGAAGGAACCAAGAUACAGUUUCUUAUGUGUCUGUGAAUAUACCCCUCAGUCACUCUCAGUGUGAACAAUCGCAGGGUUCAACUGUUAUUGAAGUAGUUUAGUGGACCAGUUAUAUGAUCCACUGGAAGUAAUAUGACUGGAGCUGUACAAGUCUUCAUCUCAUGUCCAAGACUCAGAUAAAGACCAUUUAUGAGGAGUAUCAAUCCACAGAAAUAAUGUAGCAUGCGGCUACAAGGGAGCUGAUGAGAAAAACAUGGAGCAAAAGAGUGUUGCUGAUAUUACGGACAAGUCCUCUCAAGUUUCCUCUAUUCAGGCUCUAGUUCAUCAUUUACAUCCCAGCUACACCGCUCAGACUGGAGGAUAUGUGAUCGCUCCCACCAUCAUUGGUUGUAACACUAGGGACAUAAACAUCAACAUCUCAACAGACCAAGGGUCUAAAGACGCAUUAAAUCAUGACACCGCAGAUGGCUGUGGCAUACUGCAGCCCCAAAAUGAAAGGAUCGCCGAAUGUCAACAAAAACUGAAAGCUGCUCUGAAGAGGAAGUUUAGUCACUUGCUUGAGGGGAUGACGAACAAAGCAAAUAAGACAUCUCUCAAUAAGAUCUACACAGAGCUCUACAUCACUGAGGGAGGAAGUUGUGAAGUCAAUAAGGAGCAUGAGGUGAGACAGAUUGAGAUGGCAUCCAGGAUACAUGUGGCUCAAGAGAAAUCAAUCCACUGCAAUCACCUCUUUGUUCCUCUACGGGGACGAGACUACCAUGUAAGAACUGUGAUCACAAGGGGAGUCGCUGGCAUUGGAAAAACCGUAUCCGUCAAUAAAUUCACUCUAGACUGGGCUGAGGAGAGAGAAAACACCAACCUGGAAUUUGUAUUUCCUCUCUCUUUCCGAGAGCUGAAUCUGAUGAAAAAGAAAACCUUUAGUCUAGUCGAACUUCUCAGUGUCUUUUUCCCUGAAACAAAAGAAACAGGAAUCUUUGUUAAUGGUAAAUACAAAAUGCUUUUCAUCCUGGAUGGUCUGGAUGAGAGCCGCCUGUCUUUGGACUUCAGCAAAAGUGAAGUAAUGUCUGAUGUGACACAGGAAACCACGAUUGCUGUGCUUCUGAUCAACCUCAUCAGGGGAAGACUGCUGCCUUUGGCUCUUGUUUGGAUAACCUCUCGCCCAGUAGCUUCUUGUCAGAUCCCUCUGGAGUAUAUUGAUCUAGUGACAGAGGUGCGAGGAUUCAACAACCCCCAGAAAGACGAAUACUUCAAGAAGAAAAUCAGCGAUGAGAACUUAGCGAACAGGGUAAUUGCACAUGUGAAAUCCUGCAGGAGUCUUCACAUCAUGUGCCACAUACCGGUCUUCUGCUGGAUGGCGGCGAGUGUUCUUGAGAAGACGUUUGGGACGACAGACAGUAAAGACACGCCAAAGACCCUCACUCAAAUGUACAUACACUUCUUGUCCUUGUUUGUGGACGACAUGAAGAAAAGGGUGCCUGGAAGAAGAGAGUCAAACACUGACUGCUUGAGAGAUAACCUCAUGUCGCUGGGUGAACUGGCCUUCAAAGAGCUUGAGAAGGGCCACUUGAUCUUCUAUGAGAGCGACCUCAUCCAGAAUGGUAUAAAAGUCAAGCAGGCGUCCAUGUUCUCAGGAAUCUACACACAGAUCUUCAACGAGGAGCUGACGGUGUGCGAGGAGAAGAUGUUCUGCUUUGUCCAUCUGAGCAUCCAGGAAUUCUUUGCUGCGCUGUAUGUCUACCUCAAAUUCAACAACAACAACUUCAACGCCUUGAUCAAGAAGUCGUCCACUUCGAGACGUUUCCCAUUCAGAGAUUCAUCAGAGCUCAUCCUCUACAAGGAAGCAGUGGAAAAGGCUUUGCGGUGCGAAAAUGGACAUUUGGACAUCUUUCUGCGCUUCCUUUUGGGCCUGUCUCUGGAAUCCAACCAGACUCUGUUGCAACAUCUAAUGACCAGCAACAGAACAAACCAAAAGACGAGGACUGAGAUCAUUAAACACAUAAAGGAGAAGAUCAGGGCAAGUCCAUCCCCAGACAGAUGCCUCAAUCUCUUUCACUGUCUGAAUGAGCUGAACGACCGCUCUCUUGUGGACGAGAUUCAGAGCUACCUCAGCUCCGGCAGUCUGAACAAAGUCAAUCUUUCACCUGCCCAGUGGGCCACUCUGGUCUUUGUACUGCUGACAUCAGAAGAAGAGCUGAGUGUGUUUGUACUGAGCAACUACACGCGGUCAGAGGAAGGUCUUCGGCAACUAAUGCCUGUCUUGAAAACCGCCCAAGUGGCAAAUCUAAAUGGAUGUAAUCUCACUGUGACCUGCUGUGAAAACCUGGCGAAUGAAAUCAGCUCAUCCCAAUUUAGAGAGUUGGACCUGGGCAACAAUAACCUGACAGAUGCAGGAAUAAUACGGCUCUCGGGUGGACUGAAGAACAGCAAACUGGAGACACUCAGAUUGAGGAGCUGCAACCUAACAGAGCACAGCUGUAAUGUCCUGGCCUCAGUUAUCAGCUCAGCCUCCUGCCAGCUCAAAGUACUGGACCUCUCCGACAAUGAUUUGGUGGAUGUAGGAGUCAGAAAGCUCUGUGGUGGACUGGGGAGUCCUAACUGUAAACUAGAAAUACUCAUGCUGUCCCUGUGCAGACUGACAGAGGAAAGCUGCACUUUCCUGGCAUCUGCUUUGAACUUAUCCGGUCUGAGAGAGCUUGACCUGAGCUACAACCACCCAGGAAACUCAGGCCAGGAGCUGCUGUCUGCUCUGCGGGACGACCCACAAUGCAGCCUGCUGAAACUCAGUGUGGAAGAGUGUGGUGAAUCCAGGAUUCAGCCAGGUCCAAAGAAAUAUACCAAAAAACUCACCCUGGACCCAAACACAGCACACGCAGACCUUUCUCUCUCCGAGGGAAACAGGAAAGCGCUGCGCUGGACUAAGCAGCCAUUUCCUGAUCACCCGGAAAGGUUCGAUUUCUGGACGCAGGUGUUGUGCAUGGAGGGACUGACCGGGCGCUGCUACUGGGAGACAGAAUGGUGUGGGAGAGCUUUCAUAGGAGUAGCCUACAGAAGGAUGUGCAGGAAGGGAAAGGAUCACGACAGCUGGUUGGGCAAAAAUGACUUUUCCUGGGGACUAAACUGCAACAAAGAUUGCUACAAGACCUGGCACAACGGCAUGAGCACCACUUUAAACAUCCCACCCAGCUCCAAUAAUGUAGGAGUUUAUCUGGACUGGGCAGCGGGGACACUGUCCUUCUACAGGGUCUCCUGUGGUGCCCUGACCCUCCUCCAUACCUUCCACACCACCUUCACUGAGCCUGUCUACCCGGGGUUUUGGCUUGGCUGGGUGGACUCUACUGUGUACUUGUGCUAAAUGUAGUAUUCUCUUUCUCCCUGCUUUUGAGCCAUACACUUAAAGGACCAGUGUCUAGGAUUUAGUUGCAUCUAGCAGUGUAGUUGCAGAUUACAAAAUUCUUGCCUCACCCUCCCUUUUCAAGCAUGAA